AAUAUAACAUAUUUUUUUAGUAUAAAAUAACUCGAGCUGUUUACGAGCUUUAUGAGCCAAGCUUUCCCUAGCUCGGCCCGGCUCGUUUAAGUCUCUAACCGAGUUUCAACGAGCCGAACUUUAACCGAGCCGAGCCCGAGCUGCUCGUGAGUUUGUCAGGCUCAUUAUCAGCCCAAGUUGUGCUCAUACCGCUCAAUAGUCAACACCAAACCUCAAGCAAUCCCCCCAAACCCAAACCUCUCUCACUGCAAAACGAGACAAUCAACACUCCUCCAAAAAGAAAAAAGAAGAAAAAAGAAGAAAAAAGAAGAAAAAAACCUGAAAACGAACACAGAAGAAGAGGGAAAAAAAAAAGGACAGACAGAGAGAGAAUAAUUAACACAACACUAGAACUUUCCAUAUGUACAAAUUCGGCCGAGGUGGAGGCGGAGGUUCACGCGGCGGCUCCUCCGGCGCAAAGCGUAACUCAUUCCCUCCACCGCCUCCUCAACGGCCGCACUCCAACUCUUCCGCCUCUCGACUUUCUCUCUCCUCCCGCAAACCCUCAUCGUCGUCAUCGGCGAUAACUACUCCGGCACCGGCGCAAUCGGAGGAAUCUUUCAGACUUAUUGGCGGCGAUCCUCUCUCGUUCGCCGCCAUUAUUCGUCUUGCACCCGACCUCGUUGAUGAGAUCAAGCGCGUUGAGUCACAAGGUGGUGCUGCUCGGAUUAAGUUUGAUUCUAACCCUAAUAAUCCUCCCGGUAAUGUUAUUGAUGUAGGUGGUAAGGAAUUUCGAUUUACAUGGUCACAAGAUUUGGGUGGCCUUUGUGACAUUUAUGAAGAACGUCAGGGUGGUGAAGAUGGUAAUGGUUUACUGGUUGAAUCUGGAUGUUCAUGGCGCAAGCUGAAUGUGCAGCGUGUCUUAGAUGAGUCCACUAAAAAGCAUGUCAAGAAGAGAUCAGAAGAAUAUGAGCAAAAACUCAAAUCACGCAAGGCCAUUGUCUUGGACCAAUGCAAUCCUUCUAUGAAGAGUCAAAUGCAAGCAUUAGCUGCUGCAGAGGCUGGUCCAUGGAAGUUUAAACAGAAAAACAAGAAAUUUUUUGAGCCAUCACAAGUUGGUAGCCAUCCUAAGCCUGUCAAGUCAUCGACGGUAUCCUCUUCAACUGCUAAUGCAAAGGGAAGGCAUUCAACUUCACCUUUGCCAUCACCCCAGACCCAGUCUAUUUCUUUGGCAUCUGCUUUUGUAAGAGGAAAUGCUACUGAAAGUCAGACUGUUGCAGAGAAUCCAACUAUCCAAACACGAGCAAAAGACAAUGCUGUUAACUUCGAGAAUGAAAUUCCUGCCCAAGUUUCUGGCAGGAUGACAGAAGCACUACACGGGGAUAACCAAGGAGUUGGAACAUCAGAUCUGUGGAAUUUGCUAGUAACAUUGUUGAAGGAUAAUCCAAAAGGACUGAGCAUAAAGGCAUUGGAGAAAGCUGUUGGUGAUAUGAAGUCUAACUCUGCCCGCAAAAUUGAGCCCAUUCUUAAGAAAAUCGCAACUCAUGAACCUUCCGGAAGAUAUAUUCUGAAGUCAGGAAUGGAGCUAGAAAGCUUGAAGAAGUCGUAUUCUGAUAGUGGAAGUUCUCCUGAAGACAAUAACCGGAAGCAGUUUGUUCCAGAAAGCCGUGGUGAAAUGCCAGCUCCACUUUCAGGAUCUGCCAGAAAAUCCCCAGCUGAGGAUGUGGAGGAACAGGUGCAGAAGUUUGAUGAAGAGUCAAAUAUGGCUGAAAAAUUUGAUGCCUCUCAACAUUUCUCUGAUCUUUUUGGUGAUGAUGAACCGCCUGAGCGCAGCGAGAGACAGACAGCCAAAACUAAUGGUAGUGAGAGUGAUAGUGAUAGUAAUAGUGAUAGUGGCAGUAGCGAUAGUGCAAGCCGAAGUAGAAGCAGAAGCCCUGCUGGAAGUGGUAGUGCUAGUAGCAGUGAUAGCGAAGGUGACGCUUCUUCUUCCCAUAGUAAAGAGUCAUCUGAUGUGGAUAUCGAUAUAAUGAGCGAUGAUGACAAAGAAACCAAGAAAUUACAAGGUACCGAACAUGGGUUAUCAAAGGCACCUGUUCCCUGGAGUAUGCCUGAAGCUGUACCCCUACAAGACGGAAGAAGUGGAGAUCAAGAUGGUUAUGCAUCUGAGGAUGUUGAUAUUGAGAAUGAUUUCCUUGAUGAUAAUGAAUCUCAGCUGGCAACGGCCCCUCUGCAUCUUGGUAUAGCCACUGAGAAGUUAAGGACUGUUUCACCUGAUCACGAUCAAAAUGAACCAUGUAAUAAUAGGACAGAUGUUAGUGAGCGAGAAGGUUUUGAAGAUGAAGUUCAACGUGAGCAUCACAGCUUUGUUAAGUCUGGAGGUAAAUCUAAAAGAGGAUCCGAUUUGAUCCAGUUUGAGCAUGAUGCUGAUCAUGUCAAAAAAUUUAAAGCAAAUACCUCUCAGUCAAUUUCUAGGCCUAUAGUGUCCCGUACAUUUGGGAGUCCACCAAAACACUUUGUUGAUAUAAUCAAUGAAGACAACUAUGAGAACCGCAACUUACACGUGUCAAAUCAGUUUAACAGGGAUGAUAGUGCUAACACACAUCUUGGUGUGCAGAGAGGAUAUAACAAUGUUGUCUCUGGAAAGUCUGCUGUGGAAUUGAUACAUUCUGGUCGAAGGCCCACUGCUAUUGCCUAUAAUGUUGAAGCUACAGAUAAAGCUGCUAAGAAGCUUCCAAAUUCUGGGGUAGAUUUGAAAUUUCAGGACACAAAUGCUUAUGGACAAGAAGGUAGUUUGAAACAUGCUGAUAAGGGCUACCGAGAAACACAGGAUGAAGAGGAAAGUCCAAAUGAGAAAGCAAAUGGAAAGUUCAAAGAAAGUCCUCUUGGUCAGAAAAACUCUAUACGCCCAGAGCCCCGUCAUAGAAAGCAUAGUGUACGGUAUAAAAAUUCCCAUACAUUGGGGACUUCUUCGAGGCUGCAUAUGGGAUCCUCACUGAAGGAUAGCGGUAAGGCUGACUUUGACAGGUCUUCUGCUGACAGGAGAAGGCUCCAAAGAGAAUUGUCAGACCUGGAGCAGGGUGAACUUCGUGAUCCCUCUCCUGAGGAACCAGAAGGGACCAAAAGGCAGUUUGAGAGAGCUGGCUCCUUCAAGCAAUCACAGGCGAAAUUAGGCACCUCAGGUUCUCGGAAUGCAGAGUUGAAGGGUAUACCUGUGAGCAAGCCAUUCCUAGAUUCUGGGAAGACUUCUUCCCCAAAUGCAAAAGGAGCUCCUAAUAAUACUAACAAUUCAUCGAGGAAAAGGUCUCUGGAGCCUUAUGCUGAAGAUAGUUCUCGACCCCAUGGGACUCUACCAUCUCAGCUACAACAGUCAAGGAAUAGUAGCGCUGAAGUUGGGCCUCUGUCUAACAACGCAAUGGAUCGCAGCAGAUUGGGGCACAAUGAGGCUGUGGCUAAUCAAGGGACUGAUGUUGAAGGUUAUGGUGAAACACAAAAGAAAACACAAAUCAUUGCACAGCGUGAAGACUCCAGACAGGAAAUUGGUUCACAUAAGGGGAAAGGAAAUAAAUCCAGAAAAUCCAACAUAUCUAAAGAUGCUAGUGGUAAAAAAAGGCAAGUUUCCUAUACCCAAGACCUUAAUGGCAAGCGUACAAGGAGGGAUUCUUCUUCGGAUGAAGAUACUCCAUACACUAAGUAUGAAAAGGAAGAGCCAGAGCUUAAGGGGCCAAUUAAAAUUUUCUCUCAGUUUAAAGAUUAUGUGCAAGAGUAUUGUGAGAAGUAUGAGAGUUACCUUUCUCUAUUCAAGAUCUUGGUGAGAUACAAGGACGAGUUUCAGAAGCUUGGAAUGGACCUUGCAAGUGCCAAAGGUAGAGAUAUGGAGAGAUAUUACGACACUAUAGGUCAACUGAAAGAAAGCUAUAGCCGUUGUGCGAUGUUUGUUUAUAAACUUGUGCAGCGGCAUAAACGACUAAAGAAAAUAUUUCUUGUGCUUCAUGAGGAGUUGAAGCAUCUUAAGCAGAUGAUACACGAAGCUGACGUAGACCGUUUGAGGGAAUGAAUACACUACUAAGCUCAAUUAUGAGCUUUCCAUGUUCAUAUCUGGGAACCUUCUUAAAUGAAGGUCAUCAUUUAUCAGAUCCGUUGCCUUCUCUUUCUCGAGGUCUGUCUUGACUUGCAGUUUUUGCUCAGCAACAUACAUGAGUUAGAGCUUCCAUUGAACAGGGUUUUCUCGAAUGAUCCAAUUAAUUUGGGACCCUGAGAAAUUUUGCAGCCCCCUUUCUCACUGUAGAUCAUUUACCUGGAUAUAAUGGCAAAUUGGCAAUAUUGGUGGAAGCUCAAGAAACUUCAGACAAGGAGAGCUGUAUGUGAAUGUAUAGGAUGAACAAAGUUAGAUUGUUUGAUUGAGAGAAGUUCUCGUCUGCCCCUCAUUUUUGGUUCGUCUGAAAUAAUCAUGACCAUUGUAGAUUUGUAGUUUGUAAAUUCAGAAUGGCAGUAUAGCGGCAUUUAAAUUUCAAUUGGUUAUUCGACAAACCCAAUGCCUAAUAUGUAAUUGUACCUUGUAAGAGUUCGGGAAAGAAAACAUAAAUUUAUGCUCUUUAAAAGAUGGUAUUUACGAUGUCAAAAUAUCAGUUUAUGUUAA